UCACGCGUUCAUCUUUCAAAACAGCUGACCGCGAAGUUGCCAGCUUUUUCAGUUUGAGGACCGUGGCAACUUUGGGGCUGACGUGAUUAUUUAAGUGUUGAAUUAAGAAAUUUGAAUUAAUUACGUGAAUUGUACUUGCCGUGAAAAGCUGACCCGAAAGCUCAGCGCAGAUAGCUUAAACCUGUUAUCAGCCAGGGAGCGUUUCGCUGUAUUUUUACUUGUUUUGGUGCCAGUGCUUCGCUCAUUUUCGAUCCAACAGCGGCCCACUAAAGUUCCCCGAUUUGCUGCGCUGAUAUUUCACAUACAUAUGUAUAUGUGUAUCUUACUCAGAAACUAUAUUGGUGUGCGAGUGUAGUGUGUGAUUUUGCUGUGUAAACAACACCCGCGAAUCCAGAAUUCCGCGUAUAUAUAUAGUAUAGCGAGUAAAAAAAUCACACAGAACGUGGGGCCUGAAAAACCCGUGAGUCAUCACGACGUGGCCCCAGCAGAUAAUUUCCCGUGCGACGGAACAUCGGGGAAGUACCUAAAACGAAUGGUCAACGAGCCGAUUCGACGAAGCUCGUUUCGAUCAUUAGCGUUUUGCUCUCCGAGGGCAGCGGUUCAGUUUUCGACUUGUUAAGACGCAAUUAAACGGAACUUUCGGAUACAAACGAUCAUGAAUCAGUACUACGACCUGGACAAGGGCAAAAAUAUAAUGUUCCUGAACGACGCGUCCAGUACCAGUGGUUACAGCAGCGGGAACUCACCCACCUCCACCACCCAGUCCUUGUCCCCCGCCCACUCGCCCGAAACGAUGGCGCUACAAACGGACUUCGCCAACUUGAACUUGCCAGCCGGAAACUCACCACAGCCUCCACCGCCAUUGUUGAAUCCACCAUACCAGCAUCAGCUGUUGAACAACGGCGCUCUGUGCCAACUGGAUGCAAGUAAUUUGAUUAAUUCCACUGGCGUGGUGAACGCCACGAAUUUUGGCACCAUGUACAUGGAUCACCAGUACUAUGUGCCUUCCUCGGCUGUGGAGCCUCCUGGUCAGCACUUUGGAUACCAUCAGAACGGCCUGAGCAGCGGCGGCGGUGGCAAACACGUGCCACACCUGAGGAUUGUGGAGCAGCCGGUAGAAAAGUUCCGGUUUCGGUACAAGAGCGAGAUGCACGGAACACACGGAUCUCUCAAUGGCGCCAACUCGAAGAGGACACCGAAAACCUUCCCGGAAGUCCAACUGUACAACUACGACGGACCCGCAGUCAUCCGGUGCAGUUUGUUCCAAACCAAUCUGGAUAGUCCCCACUCCCAUCAGUUGGUCGUGCGCAAAGACGAACGAGAUGUCUGUGAUCCGCACGAUCUGCACGUGUCCAAGGAUCGUGGUUAUGUGGCCCAGUUCAUCAACAUGGGCAUCAUUCACACUGCCAAGAAGUUCAUCCGCGAUGAGCUUUUCAAAAAGAAGCAGGAUCGAUUGGUUUUUCAGAUGAAUCGGCGGGAGUUGUCCACCAAACAGAUUCAGGAGCUCCACCAGGAGACAGAGCGGGAGGCAAAGGACAUGAACCUCAACCAGGUGCGUCUUUGCUUUGAGGCCUUCAAGAUCGAGGAUAAUGGGACUUGGGUUACACUCGCCCCACCCGUUUACAGUAAUGCGAUUAACAACCGCAAGUCGGCCCAAACCGGAGAGCUGCGCAUUGUCCGGUUGAGCAAGCCCACAGGCGGAGUUAUGGGCAACGACGAGCUUAUAUUGCUGGUGGAGAAAGUCAGCAAAAAGAACAUCAAGGUGCGUUUCUUCGAGGAGGACGAGGAUGGCGAAACUGUAUGGGAGGCGUAUGCCAAGUUCCGCGAAUCGGAUGUCCACCACCAGUAUGCCAUUGUGUGUCAGACGCCUGCGUACAAGGAUAAGGAUGUGGAUCGCGAGGUAAACGUGUCCAUUGAGUUGAUUCGUCCCUCCGACGACGAGCGUUCCUUCCCACCACUUCCCUUCCGGUACAAGCCACGGGACGCCAUUGUGUCCAGGAAACGCCGACGCACCUGCUCCUCGGCGAACAGCAGCAGUUCCGGUAAUGUUAGCUCCAACAAUUCCCUGGAUCUGCCAAAAACGUUGGCUAUGGCGCAACCGCCGAACGGAUUGCCCAACUUUUCACAACAUGACCAGACAAUAAGUCAAGAGUUUGGACGCGAAACGCAUCUCGAUGAUUUGAUCAACUCAGAAAAUUUCCGCAAACUCAUAGAAAACAACUCUGAAGACCUGGAGAAAAUUUGCCAGCUGGACAUGGGCGAGUUGCAGGCCGAUGGCCAUGGACGAUCUGAAAUGUCGACGGGCCGAAGUCUCACCACUAAGUACUUGAAUGCAAUAUUCAAGAUCUUCGAUCAGGACCGUCGAACGGCGGCGGAGUCGUCGCGUCGUCGAGUCGAGGAGUUGUUUACAGAUCACGCUCUUAAUAACGACAAUAAUGACACGCUUCUGCACGAGGUGAUCAGCUAUAAAAAGGACAACUUAAAGUUGGCCUUUAAAACUCUACAGGUGAUGAACUUUUUCAAGUUGAGGGAGUUGGUCAACAGCGCUUUGAAUGCAGACGGGGACAGUGCGCUGCAUGUCGCCUGCCAGCAAGAUCGGCCGCACUACAUUCGCCCUUUGUUGAGCCUGGGCUGCAGUCCCAAUCAGCAGAACCACGCGGGUAACACCCCACUGCACUUGGCCGUUAAGGAGGAGCGCAUUAACUGCGUGGAGAGCUUCCUGAACGGUAUGACCAACGUACGAUUAGAUCUGUCGCUGAAGAACGACGACGGGCUGACUCCUCUGCAUAUGGCCAUCCGGCAGAACAAGUACGAUGUGGCCAAGAAGCUGAUCAGCCACGAUAGGAGCUCGAUGAGUGUGGCCAACACAAUGGAUGGUAACAAUGCUCUGCACAUGGCCGUGUUGGAGCAAAGUGUAGAGCUGCUGGUGCUGAUUCUGGACGCCCAGGGACAGAACCUAAACGACAUCCUGCAGGCACAGAAUGCAGCUGGCUAUACACCGCUGGAAUUGGCCAGGUACAAGGCCAACGAGAGGGUGGUGCAGCUGCUGGAGAAGGUUUAUCCGGAGAAGAGUGAGCUCGCCAUGACCUGGAUUCCACGCAAGGUAAAGGAGGAGAUCGACUCAUCUUCGGACGAGAGCAGCGAUGCUGGUCAGCUAGAGAUUAAGUCCGAGGAUAUGGAUAUCAAAACUGAGGACUGCGACUCCGUAGAGUUGGAUUUAAGCAGCGGGCGUCAUAGACGAGAAGAGGAAAGCAGUGGAGACACCGAAAUGAUGUCGGAUCCGCGGCACAAACUGCAGCUGCGGCUGAGGGACAAAUCCAUUUACAACCAGCUCAGCUCCCUGCUGAACAAACCAGUGGAGCACGGACCGGAUGGCCAGCUGCCGAAGUGGAAGCUCCUUGCCCGCCAAUGCCAGUUAGAGCAGUACACCUUCCUGUGGCUGGAUGCCGACGGACUGUUGGAUCACAUUAAGGACAAUGCUUCCAGUGCGGAAAUCGCCGCAUUUGGACGCGCCUUACAUACGAUCGACCCGCAGGCGCACGCACUUUUGGAUCGAGAUUUAUUAUAGACCUUAGGUUACUUCUCCCCAUAUACACCCCAUCCGACUUUCAUAAAGCUUAAUUUUGUAUUGAACAUGUUGAUCAAUAAAAGUACCUUAGAUUGUA